ACCCAGACCCAGCAGAAGUUCAAGUGUAUCGUAGCCGAGUGUGCUACUUUUUUCUUCUCCGCUUUGGUAACAAAUGAUUCUUCCAUAGAAUUAUAGCUAACUGUUAAACUACUUCGUUAAUAACCAUUCAAAAAUCUUUUUAGUGCAUUUGGUAUUAAGCAAUACGUAAAAGCUGGAGAAGUUGGAACAAUUUAGUAAGUUAUCAAGGAUGGAUAGGAAGGCGGAAUUGGUGCGGAAAAAGGCCAAAUUGCAGGCCCUCCGAGAGGAGAAAGAACGUCGUCAGAAGGAGAAAGAAAUGAAAGAUCUCGAAGAGGCAGCCGGAAAAUUAGGGCAUCCGGAAAGUAAUAGCAGGAAAGACUUGGAUGAAAUGCUAUCAUCACUCGGAGUGGCACCUGUUUCUGAAGUGCUCUCGUCGUUAUCAUCGGUGAAUUCGGCCACGUCAGAUCAUUCCGCAAAUCAUACCCCGGAUGCAAGUUUGCAGCCAAAUUUAAACGGACAAACCUAUCGCAAGAAACCUAUCAAUUUGAGUCUAGUGUCUGUCCAAGCUACCAACAUUCCACCGAAGGAAACCGUCGUCUAUUCGAAGCAGACGCAAACCACCAGCACUGGUGGUCAUGAACGAGAUGUUUUUUCUUGCCAUUCCUCACCUCUGUCAGGAUAUAUGGAGGAUUGGUGGAGACCGCGUAAAGCUCAUGCGACGGAUUACUACGAUGAAUACAAUCUAAACCCUGGUUUAGAAUGGGAGGAUGAGUUUACAGGUGAUGAUGAGGAAAACUCCCUGACUCAUAUCGAUCACGGCUUCCAUUCGAAACUGCCACCGGGGAUUCUGCCGCAUGGACUACCAACGGUUAAGGAAGUGGCGCCGGCCAUUACGCCCCAGGAACAGAAAAAAGAAGAAGUCAAAGAAGUCAAAGAGCUUUCCGCUGAACAGAAACAGAUGAUAAUCCUAUCGGAAGAUUUCCAGCGUUUCAUCCUAAAAGCUGGAAAAGUUAUGGAGCGCGCAUUAUCAGAAAUGGUUGACAUUUACACAGACUACAUUGGCGGAGGUGAUACUGAUGAUAUCAAUGAUGAACGUUCACUUGCUCGAUUAUCUCUCAAUCGAACAUUCUAUUGCGACCGAUGGUCAAAAAAUCGGUGCGUCACUUCGUUCGAUUGGUCAACUCAUCACCCAGAACUGAUGGUUGCUUCCUAUCACAACAAUGAAGAAUCACCCAAUGAACCGGAUGGCGUUGUGGUGGUGUGGAACACAAAGUUCAAGAAGCACACUCCGGAGGAAGUCUUCCAUUGUCAGAGCGCUGUCAUGUCUGCAUGUUUUGCAAAGUUUCACCCUAACUUAAUUCUCGGUGGUACGUACUCUGGUCAGAUAGUGUUAUGGGAUAAUCGAGUACAGAAACGAACACCUAUUCAGCGGACGCCACUUAGUACGAAUGCUCAUACGCAACCCGUGUACUGUCUUUCCAUGGUAGGUACGCAAAAUGCGCACAAUGUCAUCUCUAUCAGCUCGGAUGGUAAACUAUGUUCCUGGAGUUUGGACAUGUUAUCACAGCCACAAGACGUUCUCGAAUUACAACAGAAACAGUCGAAAGCUAUUUCAGUGACAUGUAUGGCGUUCCCUCACAACGAGGUUAACAAUUUUGUGCUCGGCAGUGAAGAUGGCUACGUUUACUCGGCAUGUCGUCACGGAAACCGAUCUGGUAUUGGAGAGACAUACGAGAAGCAUUUGGGACCAGUAACGGGUAUUUCCGCCCACCACAAUCAAUCGUCACCAGAUUUCGGGCACUUAUUUUUAACUUCGUCCAUUGAUUGGACUAUAAAACUAUGGAGUUUAAAGGAAAACAAACCUAUUUACUCAUUUGAGGAUAACUCUGACUACGUCACGGAUGUCGCUUGGUCUCCUAUCCAUCCAGCACUGUUUGCUGGAGUUGAUGGCAGCGGUCGUCUGGACUUAUGGAAUCUCAAUCAAGAUACAGAGGUUCCGACUGCAUCGGUUGUAGUUGAAGGUCAACCAGCACUGAAUCGAGUAUCUUGGACGCCAUCAGGACUGCAUGUAACUGUUGGUGAUGAGGCUGGACGAAUUUAUGUUUACGACGUCGCUGAUAACUUAGCUACUCCUCGCAUGGAUGAAUGGAACAAGCUCAAUUCGGUGCUCAACGAACUCAAGAUGAAUCAAAGUGAUGAGUUCGAUGAUAUAGAUAAAAAGUCGCCCAUCCCUCAGACUCCAUCACUAACUUCACUUACCUCAUCCCCGCUUAUAUGAAAUUCAAUCAGGCCCUAUUGAAGAUCAGAUAGGGACUAACAAUCGAACCGAACAUAAAGGCUUAUUCGAUAUGAGCAAGAUGUUUAUAUUCUUGAACCGGUGAAUGUAUGAUGUGAAAGGAGUUAUAAGGAUUAAGUCUGGAAAUAAAUAGUUGCGCAAAAGACUAAUAAUAUGUGGCUUUAGUGAAAGGUUCACAAUAAUAUCGCUGGAUUUACUUCUCAGCUUAUUGUUUCAACAGGCAAAUAUUGCAUGCAAAAAAUAGAUUAGCUAUUAGAAUUAUUCGAUAAUAGAAAACACAUCUUAAGCUAUGUGCAAGAUCUAAAAAUGUAAUUUAUUAUCCUGUGUUGAGUCGCAAAAUAAAAUUAUCUAAUUCUUA